AAUAAACUCUCAUUCACUGACGAUCAGGUACCACGGUAGCCGCCAUAUUCGCAUCCAUGGCAGGGUAGAGUUGCUCUCGGGGAGCGUAUGGUUCGGUUAUCAACAUCAGCGAUCCCCCCCGUACCGACCCCUCGAACCCAUUCUGAUAGCGGUCCGCGGCCACACAGCGUGCAUCUGAUUGUCAAAGCAGAAGAGCAGGACUUCCACAGAGGGGAAGACAUGCAACGUGGAGCGGGGGUCUAGGCGGACAACGAUGCCUUAGAGUUAAAGAGGAAUCCUGGCACAAGAUGGAGGAAAACAGCGUUAGUAGUGAGAUCAAUGGACAUCAGAUCAUGGACGAGCCCAUGGAGGAGGGAGACUCUCUCUCACACUGUGAUGAUGGGACCUAUAAGGAGAUUCCUAUCACCCAUCAUGUAAAGGAGGGCUGUGAGAAGGCUGAUCCAUCUCAGUUUGAACUGCUCAAGGUCCUCGGCCAGGGCUCUUUUGGCAAGGUGUUCCUUGUCAGGAAAAUCUUGGGUCCAGAUGCUGGUCAGUUAUAUGCAAUGAAAGUUCUAAAAAAGGCAUCUUUGAAAGUCAGGGACAGACUUCGCACUAAGAUGGAAAGAGACAUUUUAGUGGAAGUCAAUCAUCCCUUCAUAGUGAAAUUGCACUACGCCUUUCAGACAGAAGGGAAACUGUAUUUAAUACUAGACUUUCUCAGGGGAGGGGAUGUAUUCACUCGUUUAUCCAAAGAGAGAUUAAAUGUGUCCAGUUCUUAUCAGGUUAUGUUUACAGAGGAAGAUGUGAAAUUCUACCUUGCAGAGCUGGCCCUGGCCCUAGACCACCUGCACAACCUGGGCAUAGUUUACAGAGACCUCAAGCCAGAGAACAUCUUACUUGAUGAAGCUGGACACAUAAAGUUAACAGACUUUGGCUUAAGUAAAGAGUCAGUCGAUGCUGAUAAGAAGGCUUAUUCCUUCUGUGGUACGGUGGAGUAUAUGGCCCCUGAGGUGGUCAACAGGAGAGGACACACACAGAGUGCAGACUGGUGGUCGCUGGGCGUACUAAUGUUUGAGAUGCUUACGGGGACGUUGCCAUUCCAAGGGAAGGAUCGCAAUGAGACCAUGAACAUGAUCCUCAAAGCUAAGCUGGGAAUGCCCCAGUUUCUAAGUUUGGAAGCCCAGAGUUUGCUGAGAAUGCUGUUUAAACGUAACCCUGCUAACAGGCUAGGGGCCGGCCCUGAUGGAGUGGAGGAGAUCAAACGCCACACUUUCUUUUCCACCAUCGACUGGAAUAAAUUGUUCAGGAGAGAGCUGCAGCCCCCAUUUAAGCCUGCAGCAGGUAAACCAGAUGAUACGUUCUGCUUCGACCCAGAGUUCACAGCUAAAACACCUAAAGACUCCCCAGGUAUCCCUCCCAGUGCUAAUGCCCACCAGCUCUUCAAAGGCUUCAGUUUUGUUGCUCCAACCCCUAUGGAUGAGAAUAAGAGCUCACCACUGCUCAGCAUACUCCCUAUAGUUCAGAUGCAGGGAGGCUCAGCCAAGUUCUCUGAUCUGUACGAGCUGCAGGAGGACAUAGGAGUUGGCUCUUAUUCCAUUUGCAAACGCUGUGUACACCGAGUCUCUGCCAUGGACUAUGCUGUGAAGAUUAUAGACAAAAGCAAACGGGAUCCCUCUGAAGAGAUCGAAAUCCUGAUGCGAUACGGACAACAUCCCAACAUCAUCACUUUGAGAGACGUGUAUGACGAGGGUCGGUACGUAUACCUGGUCACAGAGCUGAUGAAGGGAGGGGAGCUGCUGGACAAGAUCCUCAGGCAGAAGUUUUUCUCAGAGAGAGAGGCCAGUGCUGUGCUCUACACCAUCACCAAGACUGUUGAGUACUUACACCGCCAAGGGGUGGUACAUCGAGACCUGAAGCCUAGUAACAUCCUGUACAUGGACGACUCGGGGAAUCCUGACUCCAUCAGAAUCUGUGACUUUGGAUUCGCCAAGCAGCUCCGUGGAGGCAACGGCCUCCUUCUUACUCCCUGUUACACCGCUAACUUUGUGGCACCAGAGGUACUAAUGCGACAAGGUUACGACGCAGCCUGUGAUAUAUGGAGUCUUGGGGUUCUGCUGUAUACAAUGCUGGCAGGAUACACACCAUUCGCAAAUGGGCCAAACGACACACCAGAGGAGAUUCUUCUCCGAAUAGGGUCUGGAAAGUUCUCUUUGACAGGUGGCAACUGGGACACGGUAUCGGACAGUUCUAAGGACCUGCUGUCCCAUAUGCUGCAUGUGGACCCUCACCAGCGCUACACAGCAGAGCAGGUUUUGAAGCAUUCGUGGAUCACCUGCAGAGAUACGCUACCACACUUCCAGCUCACACGCCAUGAUGCACCGCAUCUCGUCAAGGGAGCCAUGGCUGCCACAUACUCAGCACUGAGCCAGAAGACAAGUCAGACGGUGCUGGAGCCUGUGGCAGCGUCUAGUCUAGCCAAGAGACGCAGCAUGAAGAAACUCACCUCAACAGACAUGUAGACACACACACACACACACACACACACACACACACCACUCGCCCUCCAGUUUUUACCUCACCCCCUGUUGGACUCUUGUACACAAACACAGACCGAAGUCCUGGCCAGUCAGAUCUGCUGUCUCCCUUUUUAAUCUAUUUAUUUGACACAUGCAACAUACAAACUCACACCUUCACACCGACCCCACAUGCACACUGGACGAGGCUGCAUUGUGAAGAAGUCAGCUGAAGAGGAAAGAGGGACACACACACACAUCUGUUACUACUGGGGAGACAGACUUGUAUUUAUUUCCACAGCUUUCAUAUGCACUUGCCCUCCUCGCCUUUCAUUCUUUCAUCCUCUUGUGAGGACAGAAUGCACCAGCUGAUGUUUUUCCUUCACUGUGAUUGGCUGAUUCAAAGCUGCUUUGGUAAACUGUGUCCCAAACCACCCGCCCCCCCCCCACACUGCUCUUCAUCCUCCUCAGUUCUCUGUCUCUCUCCUCACCUUAUUUGCUUCUGCUUUCUGAACUUGUGUCCUUCAAAGUGAAGUUAUGGUUUAUGUGUGAGAGUGUUGCCACGAUGACAUUGGCUGAAGGGCAGCGUAAGACGGUUUUAUUAGCCUAAAGAUAAAAGGAUACGAUUCCGCUUGUGGCGCAGUUAAAAAAAAAAGAAGUCCCCGAGGGUCAAAAUCAUCUGGCAGCACUUUUGGUAACAUAAAUGCAUGUCUCGGCACAGUCUGUGUUUCUUGUCCCUUAAAAUUCACAGUCUGACACCUGUUACUUCGCGAUGAUAGAACAACUUAUCAAAAAAAAAAGCUGCAGUCGAAGAAGAAGUGGUUGUGGCAACGACAAACUGUAGUUUGAAAAAGAAAUCUAUGUAUGUUGAAGGUGAAGAGCAUGUGGGGGAGCUGUAGGGAUUUCUCUGGGGGGGACGGAACGCACGCCGUCGAACCGGAGAGGCUGAAUUUAAAAAGAAUUUCCAUAAUUAUCUCUUCACAAAGACAUUGUGGAAAUUGUAUGAUAUUGUAUUUAUUUCAUUUGAUUUUUAAGAUUCUAUUUUUCUUUCAGGUUCUGUAUAUAUUGACAUUAAAGAUCAUUAUUGACAUGCA